CGUACCAGCAGUACACCCGUACUAGUUGGCAUAAAAUAGACCCCAGUGUGGUCCAUAGCAUAAUGCCCAGCAACUCCUAUCCCUACCUCCACGUGGUACCGACUGGGAUACGAGCAACCAAGGGAAGAUCGGUGAACCGGUGGGAACUUGGUCGUAUGCUGACAGGGAAGGGGGAGUUGUUCUCCUUGGAGAGCAGCUUGCCUGAGCGUCUGUUCCCCAGGUCAGGGGCGGCUCAAACAGCGACUGAUCCGGAGCGGACGGCUGAACUCUGAAAUGCGGUGUCUCGCCAGCUACACCCAAGACGGCAGCCCCGUCGCGAGACUAGGCAUCGCAGCUUUAGUAAGGCAGCAUGCUGAAAAUAAACAUACUACGAACAAUCCAGAGAAUGAUGCGAAUCGGAACAAUCGGUAUAGACCUAGGCAAACGAAAAAGGACAAGGAUUGGAAACUUGGUACUUGGAAUGUUAGGACUCUGCUCGAACCGGCACGUGCGGGCAUCUUGGCCAGAGAGCUACGGAAGGCAAAAGUGGAGGUAGCAGCCAUACAAGAGGUGCGUUGGCCUAAAACCGGGGAACGUGAAUUCCGGGCGGUCGAUUCGACCGCGGGCACUUCUUUCAAGUAUCACAUCUACUACAGUGGCGGCGAUAGAGCGGAACGGGGCGUUGGUUUCGUACUACUUGGUAACCAAAUGAAACGUGUUAUUAGGUGGAGGCCUAUUAAUGACCGUCUAUGCGUAUUGAGGAUCAAGGGCAGAUUCUUCAAUUACAGCCUUAUCGACGUGUACGCGCCGACAAACGAUAAAACCGAUGACGUAAAGGAGGAGUUCUAUGAGCUCCUCGAGAAAACGUAUUGAGAGUGCCCACAGCACGAUAUAAAGAUCGUCAUCGGAGAUACGAACGCACAAGUCGGACGAGAGGAGUUCUUUCGUCCCGUUAUUGGUAGGGAAAGCCUUCACUCUAUCACCAACGACAACGGCUUGAGAUUAGUGAACUUCGCCGCGGCCAGGGGAAUGGCCAUCUGUAGUACCCAUUUUGCACGUCUGAAUAUUCGGAAGCACACCUGGAGAUACCCCAAUGGAGAGGCCUGCUCCCAGAUCGACCACAUGCUGAUCGACGGCCGGCACUUUUCAGACGUCAUAGAUGUGCGGUCCUUUCGAGGGCCAAACAUCGACACGGAUCACUAUCUCGUGGUAGGCAAGAUUCGCGCCCGGUUGUCCAAUGUAUUUAAAUCGAGAUCGGCGAGGAAGAUACAUCUAGACAUCCAGAGGUUAUCAGCGGAAGGAGUUGCUGCAGAACAUACUCGGAAAGUUGAUAGACGGAUAGGUGAACCAACUGGAGUGGACCUGAACGAGCAGUGGAAGCACAUCCAUGAUGCGGUCAGCGAAACAGCGCGAGAGGUGAUAGGCAUAACAACGGGAACCACGUGUAGUGGGUGGUUCGAUGCUGAGUGCCUAGAGGUGACGGAGGAGAAGAAUCGAGCCUACGCCAACACGUUAGUAGCAGCUAAUCGUGUAACGCGUCAGAUGCGGGAGAAAUACCGGGAGGCAAGAGCUGCCGAAAAGAGGCUUCAUCGCCGUAAGAAACGUGAGCACUACGAUCGCGUCCUCACGGAGGCGGAGAAUUGGAGGAACCGGACCGUGCCAGUACCUGCCAUGUGCAAUUACAAGGAUGGGAACCUGAUUACCGAUAAAUCGCAGGUGGCCAGGCGUUGGAAGCAACAUUUCGAAGUGGUGUUGAACGGCGAGGAAGGGAGGAGAGUCGUCGUGGGGAACAGGAUAGAAAUUGGGGAGGACGGACAAGCUGUGGACCCACCAACAUUGGACGAGGUGAAGAAUGCUUGCAAAGAGCUAAAAAACAACAAAGCCGCUGGGAAGGACGACUUACCGGCCGAACUUUUCAAAGUUGGGAGCGAGCGGCUGUGUAGUGCAAUUCACCAGAUUAUCCUAAGGGUAUGGUCUGAGGAACAACUACCUACGGACUUGUUGGAAGGACUCAUAUGCCCUAUCUACGAGAAGGGACAUAGACUGGAGUGUAGUAAUUAUCGAGGCAUAACCCACCUCAAUUCCGCUUACAAAAUUCUCUCCCGUAUCCUGUUCCAGCGACUGAGGCCGUUGCAGGAAGCCUUUGUUGGCGAAUACCAAUGCGGUUUUCGAGUGGGGCGAUCUACAACGGACCAGAUGUUCACCUUGAGACAGAUCCUCGACAAGUUUCGAGAACACAACCUGCAGACACAUCAUCUGUUUAUAGACUUUCGAGCGGCGUACGAUACAGUGAAGCGCAACGAGCUGUGGCAAAUAAUGCUAGAACAUGGUUUCCCAACUAAACUGAUUAAACUGAUACGUGCGACGCUUGACGGUUUCACAUCAUGCGUAGGGGUAAUCGCUCCUGCCGGUGGCGCUCUACGGACAUGAAUCGUGGACGUGGAAGGAGGCCGAUCGACGAGCGCUUGGGGUCUUCGAGCGUAGAAUCCUGCGAUCAAUACUCGGAGGCAAACUAGAGAACGGGGUGUGGCGCAGGCGCAUGAAUCAUGAUGUGAGGGACAAAUUAUAGCUAUUAAAUAUAACGCGAUACAACUUGUUAUGAACUAGUAUUACAUAUAUUUCUCGCAUCACCAAAAGAGGUCUUUUCACUCGUAUCGCCUAUACGUUUCUUCGCGCUUAUUCUCUCUCUCCUGCUUAUCCUACUUCUUACUCCAGGGAUAGGACACCUGUAAUGCGAGGGAUAGGAUACAAAUUAUCUUUUAUCAAGGGGUGAGACAUUUAUGUAGACCCUACAACUCUCCCUUGUUUUUAUUAAGAUUAGCAAGACUCAGUGCGGCACAUAGUCAACAAACUUUCUAGGUUCUGUUCGCGUACGCUUCAAACUUGGUGGUGUUUCUUUUAACGGCACUGAUUCAGCAGGAGCCUUUUGCGAACCUAUUUUGUCUACUUGUGGUCAGCCACAUUUCGACGAUAUUCUUUUCCAUCCUCCGUUGAGCGCACCGAUGUAUCUGCACCAGUCUUCCGAAUAACAACGAAUUCUUUGGGAGCGAAUCUAGAGCUAAGUUUAUUCUCCUUGCGCAUACGUUUCAAUAGAACUCUAUCUCCUACGUCAAUUUCGCUAGGGCGUGCUCUACGUUUCGCAUCGGCGGCUACCCGUCCCUUUUCCUUCUGGACUUUAUCCUGAUCUCGUACAUCUUCAUCUGUAUGACAACUCAACUGAAUGCGAGUUAACAACCGAGCUACCAAAGGAAUUUGCUGACAAUUCAGACAAUGACAUCGACGAGCAGGUUGACGACAAUCGAACGAUCGGAGCCACUACCGAGCGAUGCGGAGUCAGCGGUUCAUAUUCUGACCAACGUGAAUCGAACGGCGGGCACAAAUGUAAUCGUUAGAAUUAAUAAAGUUAGUCUUGAUUGAGCAGUGAAAUGUGUCAGUAGCUUUUUUAAAAACUCCGAACAACACCCAAGUGUUUAACUGGCGCCCGAAUAGGGACCCAGAAGUCGGGAAAAGUAUAAGUGUUUUAAAGUGCGAAAAUCUUCAUAUUCGGUUAAAGCAGCCGGAUCACAACGGUGGAAAGAGCCACACACCAGAAACCAAGCGAUCUGCAGGACACUGAGAUAAUCACCCGAUCGAUGUGAGAGUCCCGAGUACCGCUAGGAACAAGGAGCAACUCGUAGCAUCUGCCUGCCGAUCCCCCGACGAUAAAGGGAUUCCCGUCAACCCAGGAAAAGAAAGUCCAGAUUUGCUGGCAUUCAUGCAAGUGAUAGUUUUAAUAAAUAGUGAUAGUGUUUUAGUGCAACUGACAAAAGUCCAGACUAGCUGGCAUAGUGAAAUAAAAAAGUGUGUUUAAUUGAGCCUCAAAGAAAGCAAAAAAAUAAUAAUAAGUGUUAAAUUCAAAAAAAAUCCGAAGAAAAGUAGAUUAAUUUUUUAUUUUGCAAGAAUAAUGAAUCCACCUAUACCCACGUCGGUGAACUCAUUAUCAAACCAACAGUUCUACGAACUAGGUAAAAUACCGGAUCUUCUAAGAGAUCUUCAACCGUUUGACGGUAGAGCACAAGAAUUACUUGCAUGGCUCACAGACGUAGAAGAUAUUUUUCGACAUUAUCUGUAUCUUCGACUCCCGAGACCCGAACCAAUGGAGGUAGAUCAAAGUGUCCGAUCUCGGUUUUUAGAUUAUGGAAACCGACCUACCUUUCCUUUCAAACGCCAACAUCCCCCAUCAUCUAAAAUACAAAAUUUUAAAAGACUAGCUCACCCCAUAGAAGGAACAUCAACAUUUAACGAAGUAGAAGCCAAUGACGAAACAGAUGCUAAACAAUAUCCCGAACACCAGUUUGAAGAGUACGAAGAUUAUCAUGAUUUUUAUGCAUACGAUAGCAAUAGUCA